ACGCGCUUGCCUUUAUCUCGUAUACGUAACUAAUCUCUUGGGUCAAGUUCACACUGUGUUUGCUCUUCAGCAUUAGCGAAAUGUGUGAAAAUCUCAGUUUGAACGCCGCCUCCACGCGGCUAGCAUAUCACAUCACAAUGUUCUAUCUAAACUAGUCAUUAUUUAGUGUUUCGAAACAUGUUUAUAUUAUUUUUGACUCUGUUCUUCUGUUGUGGUGUAUGUGAGAGCGGGGAAGGAGACCUAGGUUACAGUUUGAGCAUUGGGAAUGCUAUAGAUGUGUUUGCGAACUACGGUGAUCUAUCACAAGUGACACAAGUGGUGUCAGCUGAUUAUGAAGAAGACAGCCUAGAAAUAGUGGAACCAUUCCGGGAAAAGAAUAUCCGGGUCUUCGAGAAUGUCACCAGCAUAGAAUCGCCCGGGGAUCCUAUGGUAGCACUGAAUAUACAGCUGUGUGAAACCUUCGAGGACUUGCUGGCUGGUUAUUUUGGGAACUUCAAAAUAGAAGGUACAGAACAACCAUGGAAAGCGUUCUUAGGCGAUUGGAUAUACGACGAAAUCAUGAGAACCUUUGGGAUAGAGUUCGACACAUCAAGUGACAACUGCUGCUAUGUACUAGUCAAGCUAUCCAAGACCCAUAGGACGGUCAAAAUGGACCAUACCAAACAGAUCAGGGUAAAGGAAUACAUGGAAAGGGCUAUAAACCGUUUGGAUGUCAAUGAUACAGCGGCUGUAAGGAGGUUUAUGAAGAGUUAUGGGACUCAUUAUAUCGAUUCUUAUGUGACUGGAAACUUUAUUUACCAGGUAUUCAAGUACAAAAGGUCAGGCUACCGCCUGCUGAAGGCAUACGUCAAGCGUGGCCGACGCAGUUCCGGCACUGACAACUUGAGAUUCUACUUCUCUUCGUAUUUUCUCAAGCAAGUUGGAGACAUACGAAUGGCCAGCGGCAACAAAAGAAUAGAAGAAUGGGCGAAAGACAACCUCCGCGACAGCCAAUACCUAUUCUCCCGACCCAGCCUACUUAGAUUAUACUACAACGCCAAGCUAGCGUUCAAACUGAACGACAUGUUAGACAACGGAGCUCUAUUGGGCCUAGGUCUUAAAAUUUUGAAACCUCUAUUCAGAGACAGGUACAGAAGAGAUAAAUAUGCCGAAAUUGUUGAAAAUGACAUGAAAUUAUGGGAAGUCAAUGCAUAGACGGAUAAAGAACUUGUUUUUAUUUAUUUUAAAGCCAUAGUCAAAUAACCUGCGACGCGACAACUCUAAAGCUGCUCUGCUAUGUAAUUUUUAGGGUUCCGUACCUCAAAAGGAAAAACGGAAUCCUUAUAGGAUCUCUUUGUUGUCUGUCUGUCUGUCAAGAAACCUAUAGGGUACUUCCAGUUGACCUAGAAUCAUGAAAUUUGGCAGGCAGGUAGGUCUUAUAGCACAAGUACAGGAAUAAAUCUGAAAACCGCGAAUUUGUGGUCAUCAUUUCAGAAACUUAUUGGGUACUUACAUCCCGUUGAUUUAGAAUCAUGAAAUUUGGCAGGUAGCAAUGUCGUAUAGCACAAGUAUAGGAAAAAAUCCGAAAACCUAUCCGUAUAGGCGCGCAUUCAGUUGGAAGUUCUAACUCCUACGGAGGUGUUUUUUAAAAAAGAAUAUUAACCAUGCUAAUCAUGAUUAAUACUCCGCUUUUCCCUCCAAUUAAGCGUAAAGCUUGUGGGACGACUAUAUACUAUAUACACUAUGAAUGACUAUAAAGGUACGACAAUAGUGCAACAGGUGGGGUUUGAACCGCCGACCUUUCGGAAUUCAGUCCACUCCUCAACCGUUGAGCUAUCGAGGCUCAGUUUCCGUCGCAGUGUUGUUUCAGGCUUAAGUAGUUCAAUCAUUUUACAGAAUAUUAGCAAGUGCAAUAAUUUUUUUUGUUUUUACAGUUUACAAUGCUCCUAAUUCGAUUGCAUAGAGAUUGUAUGAACUCUCAGAAAGUUCUGUUAACCUUUUAUUAUAGACCUGUCAUAAU